AUGUCGUCGUCGUCGUCUCCAUCGCCGGACAAGGCGCAGACGCAGACACAGACGAUUGAUCCCGUGCUGCGCAAUGCGCUUCGCUACACCAUCAGCGCAAAGGAGUAUGAGCUGCUGCACCAGUAUCUGCUGUCGCACGCGCCCGCCGUCCGCAAACGCACGCCGCACCCGAACAAGUUCGACGCCAUCUCCCAGGGCCCCGACGACUACAGUGUUGCCGCCAUCCGCGCGUCUCUGCGGCUGGCCGUGGCCACCCUCUCCGGCCUGAAGGCGUGGGAGCUGGUCAACACCAAGCUGCUGCGCCGGGGGACCGCGACACAUGCCCCCUCGCCGCGCACGCCCGUCUGGAAGUCGCCCAACGUGCGCCUGAGCAGCUCGCUGGCCCUCAUCUUGCUCUUCCACCGCCUCCUCCGCCGCUUCUUCGUCCGCCUCCGCCAAAGCCUGCUCUCCCCCGACGCAAAGUCCUUCCGCCGCCGCAAUCCACUGCUCGCCGGCCUCUUCCUCGCAGUCUGCCCUGGCGACCAGCUGCGCAUCUCCGUCGCCAUCUAUGUCUUCACCCGCGCCCUCGAAUUCGGCUACAACCACCUCGAAGAGCUGGGCUACUCCAGAAACACGCCCUCGUGGUUCGGCUCGUGGCUCAUUAUGCCCGUCGCAUGUGGCCAGCUCCUCCACGCUUUCGUCUUCGACCGCGACUGCUUCCCUGCAGCGUACGGUAAGCUGAUUCUGAACAAUUCCCCCGAGUACAUACGCAAACGUCCGGCCCACUACCCUGCCCACCUGCCUUGGCCCACUGCAACCGACAUCGCCGACAACCUGGCAGCCAUCUCGAGGCAGCGCUGGCCACCCUUCGUCUCGCCCAUCCUGUUCCCUACACACGAGACCCUUCCCACGAGUCUGGCGUCCAUGUCCGCCAUAUCUUCGCCUGCACAAUCCAGCCAUCAAGUCUCUGGUCCCAAGAACAUUCUCCGCAUGACUCUCUUCAUUUCCGGAGCCAUCGGCACCAGCUGGGGCUCAGUGUGCCUGUUUCAGCACUUCUUACCACGUACUUUGCUCCCUACACAGCGCUGGUUCUUUGGAGGCUUCCUUGGUGGCUUAUGGGGAUUCCUCGAGCGCAAGAAAGGACGUGCAAAUUUCCUAUACACAGCCCGCAUGUCGAUCGACUCGCUGUGGAAGGUCGGUGUCAAGAAAGGUUGGUGGAGAGGCAUCAAGAACGGUGAUGUGCUCUUGUUUGUUUUGAGUUUGGCCACAGUCAAUGCUCUGUAUGAGAUUUCGCCUCAGAGCGUCAACAGCGGUGUUGCGCGGAAGGGUCUGGGUGUACUCAGGGGAGAAGGGUGGGUCGAUCGCGCAACCGUACCACCCGAAGACGAAAGACAAGCAAGUGACUAA